AGAUAAUUGUGAAAUUUAUUUGUGUAUCUAGUAGGUAAUUUAUGGACGGUAUUCAUGAUCGAAUUUUAUAUGUAAAAUCAUCAAGUUUUCUUUUGAUAUAUCCAAUGGAAUAGCAGGUUCUGAGGAUUAACUUACGACGAUCUUAAUAGAAAAAGUGUUUACAUUGUUUUUAGAUUGUCUUCCGUAUGUUUUCUUUUUCUUUUGGCCUUUGAUUUUGUUAGUUCCAAUAUCCAGCCAAUGGAUAAGAUGCCAAGUCGAAGCGCAAUCUUUCUGUAGAGCUUUAUUCGAACGUCGACUCGCACUCUGCGAAUUUUAUACGCGACAUAUAGUGAAGUGAAGUGAACGAUAAGAUGUCGAAUUCGAAUGAUAAAUUUAAAAUUCCUAAUGAAUUGAGAAUCGUUUUGUUGGGAAAGUCAGGAGUUGGAAAAACCAGUCUCAUAACUCGUUUCUUUAAUGAAUUAAAUGACAACGAAACCUCGAUAAAUUCAAGGGCGAAAACAGGUGCUAUAUGUACAAAGAGAAAAAUACAAAUUGACGAAGUAUUAUUUGACGUAGAGAUAUGGGACACAGCGGGCGAACAAAAAUACGACUCAAUGGCUCCGAUGUAUUGUUCAGGUCGAGCUGCUGUUAUAAUCUGUUAUGACAUUACUGAUUCACUCUCUUUCAUAAAGGCAAAGGAGUGGCUACUACAGUUCAGAAUCCAUUCUUGUAAUAUCUAUAUAUGCGCCACUAAAAAAGAUUUAUGUAAUGAACACAAAACACCAAAUCCGCCCUUAAAUAGCGCACAAGAAUACGCGGAAUCUGUUAUGACGAAAUUCUUUGUAACAUCCAGUUACACAGGCGAGAACGUUUCUAAGUUGUUCUACGCAAUUAUAAAAGAUUUCUUAUCAGCACCAGAGAAUAAAGAAGAGAUAGAAAAGCAGAACCGCAGAAGAAGAGAAAGUAGAUUUUCUUACUGGAGGAAAAUCUUAUGUUUCAUUUGACUUGGAAAUAUAGGACUUAGAAAGUUUCAAAUUAAGGCUCCUUGUACUCCCCCCACCUCGCUAGUCAUGUCGGAUUUGUAACGUCAGAAGCGAGGAAUGACGUAACGUGAAAUGAGUCUAUUUUGUCUGCAUGCUUUAUUUCACUGUUUAUAUACGACUAUUUAUUGAUUAUUAAGGGAAAGGGAUAGUUUCUGAAAAAUUGUACAAGUGUGCUCAAACGAGAUGUUAAGUACUCUUUCAUCCGUAUUUAUCUUUAUUUAGAAAUAGCACGCAACUUUUGUCAGCAUGUUUUCACUUUUGACGUCAUAAAUCCAACAUAGUCUCGGCGACAAGAAGCCUUAAAAGUUAAAAUUAUUUUUUUAUUUUUUCGGAAUUUGUUAUCUAAUAGAAUUAUGUUAUUUGUUUUCAUUUUUUAUUCUCUUAUCAUGUCCUUUUUUGACGUGAAUAAUUAUGACUAUCAUAUAUCAUUAAUAAGUAUGAGAUAUUUUUAUAUAUUGCUAUGGACCAAGUAUGUUUUCAAUACUUUUCGAUUACAAAUUUUAUAGUUACAAAUUGUGUAUUCAUGAUCUUAUUAAUGCUGCAUAAUAUACAUAAAUAUAUGGAAUAAUAUUAAAACGAUAAUUAGUGCCUUUAAAAAGAU